UUACUACAUCACGUUUCAAUUCAUCCACAUUCUUUAGUAUUGAUAUUGAAUCAGGCUAAUUUUCUUUGUAUUCGUCUGAUCGUUCAUCACUUAGUUCAUAUUUAACGUAAAAAAAUACGUUUCAUUAGUCUGCACGUGUAUGAUCUUAUCCACAAUUGAAACUAUUCAUCGUAUUACGUCCUAUCAACGAGGCUUAACGAAACAUGGCUUCGAAAACUGAAAUAACAGAAGAAGAGAUUAAAGAGCUUGUUGAAAGAAAAUAUAAGGCAGCAGAUAUGGCGGAACAUUUUAAUGUAUCAGUUGGAACUAUUUAUAGACAUCUGUGUUAAUGAAAAUUUCAUUAAGAGUACAUCGUAGAUCCAUACAACAAGGUGAAAUGCAGGGUAAUGUUAGUGGAUUGCUAAAUCUAUCUUUGACAGAAAGGAAUGAUCAAAAUGUUCUUGCUCUUGUGUCUCUUUUCCACAUUGGUGGAUUUUACAAGCUUUCUGGAUAUGGCUUUGUUAUCCAUGCUUGUAUAGAUGUGUAUUCACGCUUCAUUACCUAUCUUGACGUUUCCAACAAUAACAAUCCAUCUACAGUAUUACGUUUAUUUCAAUCUGGUGUUGCCGAACUUGGAUUACCUACGCGUCUUAGAUGUGACAAUCAGCUGGAAAAUGUUGGCGUUGCUCAUUUCAUGGACAUCAAUCGUCCUCUAGUCAGCGACAGAAUUGUUUACCAAAGAUCAGGAGGCCGCUUGAAAAACGUUUUGAAUAAGGUCGGCAGUUGGCUUCAACCUUUCGUCGAUUUAAUUGAAGAUUUAGAAUCUACUUGCAAUCUGGAUCAGAACUCGAACUUUGACCUUUAUUGUCUUCAUCUUUGCUUCAUUCAUUUAAUGAAAACUCAUCUCAAAGAAUGCCGCGAAAAUUGGAACAAUCAUGAAUCGAUUAAAACUACCACUCCCCGUCAAUUAUCUCUCAUUGGAUUAAUGAGCUUAAAAAUUGCGAAAUUUAAAUGCGUCGUCAUCAAGACUCGUCGAGAUUUGCAUUGUUAUCGCGUCAGGUUGUUUCGAAAAUCGCGUACCGAAUUGCUGGAGCUUCAGGAUCGACGACUCCGACUACUCCCGUUGGAAGAAUGCAAAUCCAAAGUCAUCAAUGGCAUCACAACAUCUCAGCAGAACGAUCCAGUUUCAUCUGAAUCUACCUCCUGCGUCUAAUCUCUUCCGCCUUCCAAACGAAUCCGCCGUAGUGAAAGAGAUAGGAAAUGAAUUCAAAUCUCUUCUUCUUAUCUCUUCAAUUCGAAUCGGUAAAAACUUUUCAAUAUGAAUUAACAUUUCAUGUUUGAAUUUUUAACUUUUUUUUUCUAUUCGGAAAGUUGGUUGAAAAAUAUCUUGUGUUUCUUGUGUCUUAUGUUUCAUUCCGUUUAAUUUGGUGUGUUAAUGAGAACCCAGUUGCGAUCCUUGGUUUGAAAAGUCGGGAAUCAUUGGCUUUUUUAUCGCGCCGUAGCGGAAAUUUUUCUACAUUUUUCUUUUUUUCGGGAAUACAGAAAACUUUUCUACAUUUCA